CCAGCGACCAAUGUGCAGGCAAGGACCACCGUUUUGCGAAGCAUAUAUAAUUUAACAAAAGCUGUCAUGUCCAGAUCCAGGGUUCCGGUCAUGGACAAACCCAAACCGAACUGUACUGUGUACAAGCAUGUUGUUUAUGUUAAAAUUUCUGAAACGGGGUCGACCAUGUUCUUUGACGUCAUGCGACGAUUUGCCCUCAAAUAUUCUUUGGCCCGAGCACUGCCAAGGUUCCGUAUGCAUUUUUAUGGGGACGAAAACGUAGCUUUAAUACCAAGACCUGCCAAAAUUAAACAAAGAUUUGUUCGAAUUGAUCGACCGCAGCAGAGAUUUGACGUCAUGUACCACCACAUGGUUUUCGACGGUGACAUCGUAAGCCGAGUUAUGCCACGUGACACCUUCUACGUCACAAUGUUGAGAUACCCUUGGGCUCAAUUCAAAUCAGUUUUGAAUAAGUACAACUUGCUGCAAAAAUACGCCCCAGGAAAUGACACAGCCAUAGAACUUGAGCAAUUUCUUGAAAAUCCGUACAAAUACUGGCGAAAUGGUUCAGUCCGAACCUCUGCCUUUUCGCGCAACGGCAUGAUGAUGGAGUUGGGGUUUCCAGACGAGACAGAAGACGUCCGGAAUGACGAUCUGGUUAUCCAAGCUUACAUCAAAUACUUGGAGCAGAGGUUUGGGUUGGUUAUGCUGGUUGAAUUUCUAGACCAGAGUCUAAUACUUCUCCGUCGCAUGCUUUGUUGGGAAAUGGAAGACAUUCUCUAUACACCCAUGGAAGGCAAUAACUACCCUUUUAAGGGAAACAAGGACCAAAAACUUAUUUCAGCGCACCAGAAGUGGAGUAAAGCCGACUAUGCCGUGUAUAGACAUUUCAAAGAGAAGCUGCUUGGUCUCAUUAACAAACAACCUGCUGAGUUUCAUGACGAAGUACUUCUUUUCAAACGAGCUCUUGAAUAUGUGAAGAUAUGUGGCAGCCCCAGCAACGUGAGAAUCUUACGACGAAAAGGAAAACCGUAUGCUUCCGAUGAUGUUAUUAACUGCUCCAGUCAACCUGUUAGAAAAAUUACUUAACACGACUAUAUCAGCAUAAUGUUCCAAGUGUAUACAAUUUAAAAACAUUUGAAAGGAGGAGGGACUGCUUUUAUAGAACUAGAAUGUGCAAUAUGUCCAUAAAUGUAUGUAGUAGGGCGCUAAAGAAACAAAGGAUACCUGAGAUUGUUAAAUGUUUUUUACCCUCUCGUGUGGUUUGCGGGUGCUUCAGUAUGGCAUGGUUAAAAGUGAUCGGCAAAGACCGUGUUACGCGCAGUUAGAGAAUCCACAGUAGAAAAUUAAAUAAUUUAAGUGUUUAUAAUGUUGUACGAACGUCUUUCUUAAAGUGCUCCAAGCCAGGAUUUUGAACGCAUUCUAAGAGCAUGAAUUGCUUCC